CCCCACACCAUCCGCCAGUACCCCAGAGUGCAAGACCUCAGCAUCGAGAUCGGACCUUUCGGAGAGUUCAGUUACGAUGUGGCCAGCGACCAGGACAUCUACACCGCGAGAGCCGAGAGCGUCCCCGAGCGGCUGCGGGACCUCUUCCGCCUCGUCCACGAGCUGCGGCCGAGGCACGCCACCCUCAAGCUCAGCGAGCGAGCCGACAUCCUCACCGCCUCUGGCGACGCUGACCAAAUCAAGAGCCAGCUCGAUUCGCUGUUCCGCCAGGGCCGCGUGCGGCAGGCCAUGCCCGAGUAUGCCAUGGAGGUGACGCGACUGGCGUACGAGCGAUUCGAUGAGGAGGAGACAUCGGAUGUCGAGCUGGCACAGCGGCCACGCGAGCACGAGUGGACCGUCGAGAUGGAGAUGCGGCCGGUAGGUGAUGCUGCUGAGGAGGAGGGCAGUGAGGGCAUGGCGGACAGACAGACAGACAGACAGACAGAUGGGUGAGCGGACCGGCCGAGCCUCACGGCCAGGCCCGGCGGUAUGGAGCUGUCGUGUUUUGAGGCGGCACUACUCUGCGGUAGGGGUGUGUAGGGGUGGACGGCUUUGUUGACGUGAGUAUGCGUCCGCCUUUAUGCCAUGUUUUGGGCAGUGCAUGCUGUGUCUUUGGAUGCCGCUGUAUCAAUCAACCACUAUCAGCGUGCAUACCUUUCCCACCGCCCACAGUCGCGAUUGGCGGUGUGACAUCAAUCACUUGACUGACUCAAACACGUUGCUCAUCUCACGGCGCGUCUGUGCAGGCCAGGCACCGACA